AUGGGCUCAACCUCACAGAAGCAGAAUCUUCUUCGUCUUCUGGAACAAUGCUCAAGCAUGAGAGAAAUGAAGCAAAUCCACGCCUACGCCAUCACCACCUCCCUCGCUCGCUUCACCUUCAUCUCAAGCAAACUCUUAGCCUUCUGCGCCCUCUCUCCCCACGCCGAUCUCCGCCACGCCCACACCCUCUUCUCUCACAUCCCUUUCCCCACUCUCUUCCACUACAACACCAUCAUCGCCGCCUUCUCCCGCCGCUCCUCCUCCUUCUUCCUCCGCAUGCUCAACAACACCACCAUUCGCCCCAACUCCCGCACCUUCACCCUCCUCCUCUCCAAAGCCUCCCCCUCUCUCCCCUUCCUCCAACAGCUCCACUCCCUCAUCCUCCGACACGGCUACCUCUCCGACCCCUACGUCAUCACCUCCCUCGUCACCGCCUACUCCAACCACGCCUCCACACGCACCGCGCGCAACGUGUUCGACGAAAGUCCCAACCAAAACGUCGCGUGCUGCACCAGUCUUCUCACUGGCUACUGCAACAACGGCUUGGUAAACGACGCGAGGGAGGUGUUCAACGCAAUCCCCUACAAAAACGACGUGUCGUAUAGCGCAAUGGUUUCCGGGUACGUCAGAAACGGUUUUUUCCGCGAGGCAAUUCAGCUUUUCCGUGAGCUCAAGAAAAAUCGGUUUGCAACAGUGAAGCCGAAUAACUCUCUUCUGGUGAGCGUUCUCAGCGCAUGUGCUGCCAUCGGCGCGUUUGAAGAAGGGAAGUGGAUUCAGUCUCACGUGGACCAAAACGAGGAGUUGGAACAUUACGAACUUGAGCUCGGAACGGCGUUGAUCGAUUUCUACACCAAAUGCGGUUGCAUGGAACCUGCUGAGCGGGUAUUCGGUAAGAUGAAAGACAAAGACGUCGCGGCGUGGAGCGCUAUGAUAUUGGGCCUGGCCAUCAACGGGGAGAAUUACUCGGCCCUUGAGCUGUUCGCGGAGAUGGAGAAGGUGGGCCCGAGGCCCAAUGCGGUUACCUUCAUCGGGGUUCUGAGCGCGUGCAAUCACAAAGAGCUGUUUGGGAGAGCAGUUUCAUUGUUCAACUACAUGAGGGAAAAACAUGGGAUUGUGGCGUGGAUUGAGCACUACGGGUGCGUCGUUGAUGCGUUGGCUCGUGGCGGGAAAAUCGAUGAGGCGUUGGAGUUCGUGAAGACCAUGGAAAUGGAAGCUGACGGAGCCAUAUGGGGGUGUUUGGUGAAUGCGUGUUUGUUGCAUGGUUACGUUGAGCUGGGACUCAGAAUUGGGAAAUAUUUGGUGGAGUUUGAACGUGGCCACAGCGGAAGAUACGUUGUUCUGGCCAACGUGUACGCGAGAUUAGGGAGGUGGGAGGGUGUUUUGGAGACGAGGAAUUUGAUGAAAGGCAGAGGUGUCUCUGCAGUUACUGCUUGGAGUUUCAUAGAGAUUGAUGGAACCCUGCACAAGUUUGUUGUUGACGAUAACUCUGCUCCUUACUCCGGAGAACUGUAUAGAAUGCUGAACCACCUGGGAAAGAAACUGGAAGAUUCUGACAAUGCAAAUUAUUCUUUCUUUGUAUAA